UGAAAACGACACCACAUAUCCACAUAUAUUCUAUUCCACCCUUUUACCUACUGUAGGCCGACAACUCAUACAAAAACCUACACACGAGCGAUAUCUAAGAAGAUGGCUUUCUGGUUUCAAACUGAAAACUUUUGGCGCGUUUUACCUGGUUUGCCGCCCAUCCCAGCAGUUUCAGUUUUCAACCAGGUCCGCACCGGAUGCCGCCAACAAUUUCACUAUUUCAAUCAGGUCCGCUUUGAGAGAAUAUUAACGGACCCUUGAGUCAAGCUAGGCACAAUUGAUCAGUUUCCCCUUCGAACGAAUAACUCAACUCAGAAAACAGGUUCUUAUCAAGAUGCCAGAAGUAGCGAAGACUGCGCCCAAGAAAGGCUCAAAGAAGUCCGUGGUGAAGCCGGUUGGCAAGAGCGGAAAGAAGCGCCGUAAGUCCAGGAAGGAGAGCUAUGGCAUCUACAUCUACAAGGUGAUGAAGCAGGUUCAUCCCGACACCGGAAUCUCUUCCAAGGCGAUGGGCAUCAUGAAUUCUUUCGUCAACGACAUCUUUGAGCGCAUCGCCGGGGAGUCUUCUCGUCUCGCUCAUUACAACAAGCGCUCCACUAUCACCUCCAGGGAGAUCCAGACCGCCGUCCGCCUGUUGCUUCCCGGCGAGCUGGCCAAGCACGCCGUGUCCGAGGGAACCAAGGCCGUCACCAAGUACACCAGCUCCAAGUAGACCGCCAUCGUCUCAUCACUAACCCAACGGCUCUUUUAAGAGCCACCCACAUAUUCCCUAAAGGCUUUUACCGAUUAGCUUUAUUAUUUAUUAUUAGUGUGAUGUAUUGAAUGCCACCUCAUACUACCCUGUUCCUAACUGGAAUACAAAUACUUAUUUAUAUUCAAGACGUAAGUUGAAUAGUCAGGACGCAGUUUGACGAUGUAGUUAUAAUGACAAGUAACUGACUACAGACUAAUAUCAGCUUACAACUUAAGGGUUGUAAUUUUAGGAUUCCAUCCUGUUGUAAUGACUUAAAUUUAUAUUAAGAGUUGGCUAACAUUUGGGUCUUUCACUGAAAGUACUGCAAGGGCGUUGGAGCAGUCCGCAUGAACUGGCGUUUUGAAGAAAAUGCUUCAUUACUAACAUUGUAGCGAUAUGGGAGUCUGAGUUCCAUCUUAUCUCAACAGGUGUUUGUAUUUUAGCUUCAAUGACUUGAAGCAAAAAUGAGUAUAGAAAAAAAUGUCGACGCAUUGCCGGGCAUCUCAAGCUCGCUUUCCUCAGAUGUGACGAGCCAACUGAACGUCUUUAGACAUGAUGGUGACCUAUGCGUGAAUGAAGCACAUUUAUAUCCUCAAAUAGACCAACCAAGUAUGCCUCGCUAGCCUCCUGAAGCGGCAGAACUUUGGAAGCGCAAAUCGGUCUUGCUCAGCAGGCGCUGGUGGUAGCUUUCCUGGAGCCGACGAAUAUACCGCAGGGCCAACUGUUCCAGGCCUGUACCGGUGAGGCAUUUUCACGCCACCUGUGUGGCUGGGGCGCUCUUGUGCGCAGUCUUGGUAGCGAGUUGCUUCCUUGACGCUUUACCACCAGUUGACCUCCAAGCCGUCUACUUGGUUCUUACAAUCGCUGCUUUCAUCUUCUAUCUCUGUGUUUCCCGAUACCGUUUCAACGGAUUUAUAUCUCGAUUUAGUGGGUGAGGUUUAUGACUGCAUUUCCGCGACUUUCAUCUGCGGUUGUUUUCAUAGCGUUCUGUGCAGUUGACGAGUAUCUUUGUGUCCACACAGAAAGAGAUGUAGUAUGACUAUGUUGUAAUUAAACAUGUGUUAUAUUUUA